AUGGCGAUACAGAAUAUUUAUAUAAUAAUAUCCAUUAAUGUUGGACUUGUUGACACGAUACGAACAAUCGUAAAUGAUUCUAUUAUUGAAGUUUUACGAAGUAAUUUCCCCCUUCAUAACUUCCUGAGGAGACAAAGAGAUGGCAGGUCCUUGACUGAGAGGAACCCCACCUCCGCCGGCUAUAUAAAGCCCAGGUCCCUCUGUCCAUCAUCAGUAGCAUCUCUCGCUAUGAACAGAACAAAUCUUCUUCUUCUUGUCGUCUUGGUGGCAUCUGCUGUGGCGUGGCCACAACCUCCUCCAACACCCCCACCACCAGGUGGCGAAGACGUUCCGGAAGAAUGCAGACCGAAGCCACCACAACAUGGCAAAGAUAGGACAACCUGCUGUGAUAUGCCGCAUCCAAUUGCCAAGGAUAGCGAUCAAUUCAAAACAAUUUUCGAAGAAUGCAAAGAGCAAAUCAAAUCCGAACAUCCUGAAGUAAUGCCACAUCACCACCCACACCCACCACCACCACCACCUCCAUCAGCCGGUGGAGCACCUCCUCCACCACCACCACCACCACAUCAUGGAGGCCCGCACCUAUUCAUGACGUGCAUGGAUGAUUGCGUCUUCAACAAGUCUGGCCUUAUGACUGAUGCGAAACUGAACCAAGAAGCUAUAACCAAAUUGGUGGACAGUUUUGCACCUGACAGCACCUGGAAACCCAUAGCUUUGGAAGCUACCAAGUUUUGUUACGAAAAGAGCAAUGAAACUAAAGUUGACGACAAGGACGGAAAAUGUAACCCUAUUCCCCAUGAUUUCGCGAAGUGCAUGAUCAAGCAAAUGUAUUUGAAAUGUCCUUCUGAAAAAUGGCAAAACAACGACGCAUGCAACGAUGAGAAGAAAAUAAUCGAAAAAUGCCCCAAUUUGAUGCCCUUUCCACCUCAUCCUCCAAUGAAGAAGAAGGAAUAGUGACCCUUUUUGGGAGUUGGGGAAGCAUAUAUAUGUAAAUAUAUAAAAUAAAAAUGUUAAAAUCAA